AUGACAAGGCGACUGGUGACAUGCGAUCUGAUGGAACACGGCCAAAAUUACUACAGCCAGGAAAGUUUUGAGCGCCCUUCCACAUUCUGUCACAAGAAUGAUAAACUCAACAUUCCGGACUCUCGUGAACAGCUGUGGCGACGCAGCACCGCUCCUCUUCUCUACACCACAGAAGGGAGAUUUGAGGUCACUAUCUCGUUGAAUGCCGCCUACAUUAAACAAGCGAGUAAAGUAUUGGAACACUGUCUUCUUAAGAACGAUAAACUCAACAAUCCGGACUCUUGUGAACAGCUGUGGCGACGCACCACCGCUCCUCUUCUCUGCACUACAGCAGUGACAAGUGGAAAGCCGCAGCUGCAGUAUAUCGCAGCUCUUAAGCUGUUUCAAGAG